UUCUCAAAUAAGAGAAGAAAUAGAAGUCGUUGAGAAUAUAAGACUAAGCGAAAAUAGAAUUCCCCAUGGAAUUUAUCAAAAACCUCAUACUCCAAGAGUAGAAUCACCUACUCAGUCAGAUAUGGAUUUCCAAUUAUAAUGAUUGAUUACUCCCCUGGCAGUAAGAUGAGACAACUCAUCAAUGAUGAGUUUCAACAUGAGAGAUACUCUCAAUUUAGAAAUUGGUUUUUUAAAAAAUUUUCAAAACCUGAAUUAGCCCAAUUUAAAGAUGAGUAUUACACUCAAAUGAACCUUGAGCAGGAUUUCGUUCCUUUUGUUAAAUGGUUUGUUAAUUACUUCAUAAAUAAAAAGCAAGAAGAAAUUCUUGUGUUACAAAGACCUUGGGAAAAUAUUAGAGGAGAAAUAAUGGAAUCUCCUUUUCCCCCAGAACAAACAAUAAGUUUGAAUCAAAAUACUGAAGCUACCCCUUACCUUAGCCUUCAGUUACAAAGAGUUGAACAAAGUCAAGUUACUCUUAAGGAAUUAAAUUCAGUUAUCAGGUCUCAAAAUUAUACCAAUGCUUAUCUUGUUUGCUUAGGAGAACAAUUUAUCUCCAUGGAAAAAGAUCUCUUAUCAAUAAAAGACCUUUUAGAAAAGCAAAUAGAGCGUCAAGAUAUCAUUAUAAACCACCUAAAUAAAUCAAAAGACCAAAUAUCCACAUCCACUAUUUCGGAUGCUCCUAUAGUGCAACCUCCUGUUUCCAUAGAAGGAUUUAAAAUGGAAACCAAUGGAGAAGAAUUUGUUCGUAUUUUAGAACAAAAAUUAAAGGGACUUAAUAUCACUGUCAUGUCCCAUGAAGAUUAUUCUGAAGAUAAUAAUGAUAACCAUAUUGACCAGCUUUCUGAUAUGUUUGCUAAUUUAGAUAUUAGUAACAUUGAAAUUAAUAAUAAUAACAGUAUAAACCCUGUUUAUUCCCCAAGGCCUAUAGAAAAGUAUUAUUACAAGCGUCCCUCACCGCAAGAUUUGCUUUUUGAGGAAUCAGAACCUUUCCAGAAUUCUUAUUCAGGAAAAGCCAUUUAUGAAUGGAAUGUUGAUGGUCUUAAUGACAAACAAAUUAUAGACACCAUCCAUAGGAUGAUCAUGUACUCUACUGUUUGUAAGCAACACGGAAAUUCUGAUAGUUCAAUUGCGUCCUUUAUAACAACAGGAUUUGUUGGCCAACUUAGAGGCUGGUGGGACCAUUAUCUUACUGAAUCUCAAAAAUUAGAGAUUCUUAAUCACAAAAAAAUCGUAAAAAACGAACCAAGAACUAGUACAAGCACUGUUGUGGCUAUGACCACCACAGGAGAAGAAGAUGCAGUGUAUACACUAUGUCUUUCCAUCUUACAACAUUUUGUAGGAACCAAUGUCCCCAUUGGAGAAAAGAUCCAGACACUUCUCCAAAACCUUAGGUGUCCUUCUCUUACCCACUUUAGAUGGUAUAAGGAUACUUUUCUUUCAAGAGUUUAUCAAUUAAACAAUCCCAAUUCUUUGCACUGGAAAGCAAAAUUUAUUGAUGGAUUACCCCAUUUCUUUUCUGAAAAAAUUAGACAAUCUUUAAGACAAAAAAAUGAUGGAAUAAAUAUAAAUUAUUCUGACCUUACUUAUGGUCAAAUAAUUAGUACUUGUGUUAAUGAAGGAUUAAAUUUAUGUAAUGACAUAAAGCUUAGAAAUCAACUUAAAAAGCAAAAGCUUUCUGAGAAACACCAACUUGGUGAAUUUUGCGAACAAUUUGCUUUUGAUCUUGGAAAAUCUCCAGAUAAUAAAAAGAAAAAAGGUAAAAUUUUCCGCAAUAAACCUUAUAGGGAUAAGCCAAAAAAUUCUUAUAAAAAUUCUUAUAAGAAUAAGAAAAGGAGUCACUACAAUAAAAGUAGACCUAAAGAAAAAUCUUUUGACCCUAAAGGUAAAAGAAAAGCCAAAAGGCUUGACAUAACAUGUCAUAAAUGUGGCAAAUCUGGCCAUUAUGCCAACCAAUGUUGGACUAAAAAAGCUCUUAAUGAAAUAGAAGAUGAACAAUUACGUUCUCAAUUAGAGAAAGUAUUACUUCUCAAUUCUGAUUCUGAAGAUUACUCUUCAGAAGAAGAUAUUAAUAUAAUUUAUGAAUCCUCUUCUGACUGCUCUUCUGAAUCUUCUAACAAUAAUAAUUGUCAAUGUAAUCAAUUAGAUUACUGGAAAUCAAUAGUUGAUAUGAAUGGGUUAAACGUUUUAACCUCAGAACAGGAUGAAGCUAUAAAGGCUAUAGAGUCCAUUUCUGAUACAAAUCUUAAAAGAAAAAUGCUUGAGGUUCUAAUCCAAGAAAACUCUAGAAAAGAAUCCCCUGUUACUACAGAAGCACCUUACCAAUUAAGUGAGGUUUUAUCUAGAUUUAGACAAUCUAACAUCCGUGAAACUCCUGUUUCUAUUAUGGAUUUAAAUAGAGAAAUAAAUCUCUUAAAAAAUGAGAUAGCUCAAAUUAAAAAAGAAAACCAUGGUUUAUCUCAAAGACUUACUUUCUUAGAGUCCAAUAAUUCAAAAAUUGAAGAAAUAGCUUCCACUAAUAAUCCUUCACCUAGUGAUAGAUUCCUUUCUCUCAUUGAUAGAGUAACUUCUCAAAAAUGGUUUGUUAGAAUAACAUUAGUUAUUAAUAGAAAUUUCAUAUUAGAAAAUGAAGUUGCCCUUAUUGACAGUGGCGCUGAUUUAAACUGCCUUCAAGAAGGAAUUAUUCCCACUAAAUAUUUUGAUAAAACUACCCAAUCUCUUACCCAAGCUGGAGGAGAUAAACUCACAGUUAAUUAUAAACUGUCUAAUGCUUAUAUUUGUAACAAAGAUAUUUGUUUACCCACUCACUUUAUUCUUGUAAAAAAUUUAACUCAUAGAAUUAUAUUAGGAACUCCCUUUCUGCAUAAAAUUAUGCCUUUGAUUAAUGUUGAUCAAAAGGGAAUUACUUCCAUUAUUAAUAAUAAAAGAAUUACUUUUGAAUUUAUUACUGAUCCUCAUACUAGGAUGAUUAAUGAAGUUAAAGAUAUUCUUCUUAAAAAAGAAAAACAAAUUUGUUUUCUUAAAGAAGAAGUGGAUCUAUUAAACAUCACUUCUCAACUUAAAAAACCUGAAAUUCAAAAUCAAAUUAAAUUAAUUGAUCAACAGUUUAGAGAAGAAAUAUGCAAUGAUUUACCUAAUGCCUUUUGGGAUAGAAAGAAACAUGUUAUUUCUUUACCUUAUCUUGAUGACUUUAACGAAAGUCAGAUUCCCACUAAGGCUAGGCCUGCUCAAAUGAAUCAUGAGUAUUUGGAUUUAUGCAAAAAGGAGAUAGAAUCUCUUUUAGAGAGAAAAUUAAUAAGAAAGUCCAAGUCUCCUUGGAGCUGCACAGCUUUUUAUGUCAAUAAUGCUGCAGAAAAGGAACGUGGGGUUCCUAGACUCGUUAUUAAUUACAAACCACUUAAUAAAGUGUUAAAAUGGAUUAGAUAUCCUAUUCCUAAUAAAAAAGAUCUUUUAGAUAGAUUAAACAAUGCUUUAAUCUUCUCUAAAUUUGAUAUGAAAUCUGGUUAUUGGCAAAUUCAGAUUAAUGAAUCUGAUAAGUAUAAAACAGCUUUUACCGUACCUUUUGGACAUUAUGAAUGGAAUGUCCUUCCUUUUGGUCUUAAAAAUGCCCCUUCUGAAUUUCAAAAUAUUAUGAAUGAUAUUUUUAAUCCUUACACAGAAUUUAUAAUUGUUUAUAUUGAUGAUGUUUUAGUUUUUUCAAAAACUAUAGACCAACAUAUUAAACAUUUGAAAAUAUUCAAAGGAUUAAUUAAGCAUAAUGGAUUAGUAAUAUCUGGUCCUAAGAUGAAACUCUUUCAAACAAGGGUUAGAUUUUUAGGACAUGAAAUUGACCAAGGAACUAUAGUUCCUAUACAAAGAAGUAUUGAAUUUGCUUCAAAAUUCCCUAAUAUUAUUACAGAUAAGAAACAAUUACAAAGGUUUCUUGGUAGCCUAAAUUACAUAGCAGAUUAUUAUGAAAAUCUAGCUAAAGAUACGGCAAUAUUACAUGCUAGGCUUAAAAAGAAUCCUGGCCCUUGGACUGAAAAACAUUCUCAGGCAGUCCAAAGAAUUAAAAAUAAGGUGAAAUGUUUGCCUUGUUUAUCUCUUGCUAAUCCAAAGUAUUUCAAAAUUGUUGAAACUGAUGCUUCAGACUUAGGCUAUGGAGGAAUUCUUAAACAGGUUAUACCUGAAACAUCCAAAGAAGUUUUGGUUAGAUUUACUUCUGGAAAAUGGAAUCCAACACAAGCAAAAUAUUCAACUAUCAAGAAAGAAAUGCUUUCUAUUAUAAAAUGCAUUUCAAAAUUUCAAGAUGAUCUUCUUAACAAAAAAUUUUUAUUAAAAAUUGAUUGUAGCUCAGCUAAAUCAAUUAUUGAAAAGGAUGUUAAAAAUCUUGUUGCUAAGCAAAUUUUUGCUAGUUGGCAAUCGCAAUUAUCUAUGUUUGAAUUUGAUAUUCAACACAUUAAAGGUGAAAAUAAUUCACUUGCUGAUUAUUUAACCCGUGAAUUUUUGCAGGGAAAAAAUGAUGACCCCAUAUAGGGGUAGAGGCCGCGGUUAUGGCCGUGGUGGGAGAGGGAGUAACAAAAUGUUACCCCAGCCAGAAUCAAACAUUCCUCUAAUAGGGGAUUGGACUACCGUCUACAAAGGUAGAAAAAUGCAGCAAUUACCUGCAUCUUCAGCAAAAAAGGAAGAUAUUGCUUCCUCUUCCUCUAAUAAAACUACAUCCUACAAGGAAGUUGCGGUUAAUAACCCACCUCAAGAACAAAUGGAUUAUUUCGAAAAUCCAGUAACUGAGAAAAUCAUGUAUAUUGAUGAUGAAGAUAUAAAGAUAAAUCCAAAUGAUGGUUGGUCCAUCAAAACUAGAUACCUCGAAUCAAGAGGAUAUCCAGGUCUUCAUGGAAAAUCUAGGCCCAACCUAGAAAUUCUCCUGACUGUUACCGAAUCGGUAACAAUUACUCACCAUUACCAAAACAAUAAUCCUGAAAGUUUUAUAAACUUCAGUAAAUGUCACAUUAACAAAAUUUUGUUACCAAGAGAAUGGGGGCUCAACCCAAAUGCUGAAAAAGCAAUAAGAAUUGCGGAAGGAAAGUAUAUUUACUUUAAUUAUUGGGACUAUGUCCAGGCUUUCACUCAAGCCUUUUAUUACCAAAAUCCCAAGAACAAGCAUUCUUGGUUUUUCUCUAUUAAUGAAGAGAUGGUUAAUAAACCCAUACCAAAUUGGUUUUAUGAAUGGUGGGCUAAACUUGGUCCAUCUUUGGAAAUUCUUCCUACAGAAAUUCUUAACUUAUAUAAUCCAUGGUGUGAUAAUAGUCCCCUUAUUGUAAAUAUUUUAUCUGAUAAUUUAAUCACUGGACAAUGUCCAUUAUUGUUCU